UCUCCCACAACGGCCUCGGACGAAAGGCCACAGCGGGGCCGGCUACGCCUUGGCCGUCUCUUCAGAGGCAGCUCCGAUUCCGAGCUCGAAAAGUCUGGGCUUUCAAAAUGGUCCAUGGGCAUGUUAAACGACAGGGAGACUGUCGAGGUGCCGGGCUCCGUCUUGCUGCUUGCUAGUGAUCGCAACGAGCCGCUCGGACUGCGCAAUGUCCAUGCUCGUACCUCUCACUCCUCUAUCCCGGCCGGGUUUCCCCCAGUGGUUGAGGCCCCGAGCAAGAAGAAGACAGACGAUGGUAAGAUCAUACUGGAUCCGCAGCCAGAAGACUCGGCCAACGAUCCUCUGAAUUGGCCCACCUGGCGGCGCGAUUGUGCUCUUCUGUUCUUGGGCUACUACUGCAUGAUUGGAGGCGGUAUGACGCCCGUCAUCGCUGCAGGCUUUACCAACGUUGCCCACGACUUCAACGUCUCGGUCGAGCGAGUUCCGCUGACCACGGGCCUCUACAUGAUGGGCUUGGGCGUGGGUUCUGUCAUUGCCUCUCCCACAGCCAUCCUCUUUGGAAAGCGGCCAGUCUACCUCACCGGCAUGAUUCUGCUCAUCGCCACCAGCAUCUGGGCCGGAUACGCCUCUAGCUUUUCCUCUCUUAUAGCCGCCAGAGUGAUUCAGGGCAUUGCCGUUUCGCCGGUAGAGUGUCUGCCAUCCGCCACCAUUGCCGAAAUCUUUUUCCUGCACGAGCGAGCAUAUCGCAUUGGCAUCUACACGCUUUUGCUUUUGGGAGGCAAGAAUCUUGUCCCGUUGAUCAGUGCCGCCAUUAUUGGCCGCUUUGGCUGGCGCUGGGUUUUCUUUAUUGUUGCAAUGUUGGUGGGACUGGGAUUUGUCCUGGUGUUUCUCUUCGUCCCAGAGAGUUUCUGGGAUAGAACGCCAACUCGACAUAUGCAUGUAUCCAAGCGACCGAGCUUCCUUCGACGACUAUCCUCCCGCCCAGGCCAUAGAUCUGCAGAGGUAACCAGCCCUAGGGGUAAAUCGCCGGAACCCUCGCAAUCUCCAGGAGUUAUUAAUCGCCGCAGAAGCAUCCGCGUCCACGUCGGGUUUUCGCCAGAUGUAGAGCGGCAAGACCCGUUGGAUGACGCUCAAAAGUCCCCGCGGCCCGAGAGUCCUCAGGUUGGAUUUGCCGGCCCGUCUUUUGAUCACAAAGAAGAGGGCGGUGACCUGGAGAAGAAUCUUGGCCAGGCUCCACCGAUAACCUCUCCACGACCGAGUCUCGCUCCUGACCGUGGCCGAAGUAUGACUGCGGCGUCUCCUGCUCGUAGCACAGCCGAGAGCAUGGUCAUUACUGAGUAUUACUCAACAGCACCCAAUCUCGAUCGCGACCGCUUCCCCUCGUGGAAACUCAAAUCCCCCCCUAAAAUCAAAGCUUACACACACAACCUACGACACAAGCCUGCCCAAACCUUUAUCCAGCAGCUCAAGCCGUAUCAUGGCCGGCUCAACAACGACAAUUGGUUCAAGGUCAUGGUCAGGCCAUUUAUCCUAUUUGCCUAUCCCGCGGUCCUUUGGUCUGCAGCCAUCUACGCGUGCUCCAUCGGUUGGCUAAUUGUAAUCUCGGAAAACUUGGCCGUCAUCUACCGAAAUCCAAGCGGAUACAACUUUACGGCUCUUCAAGCCGGCCUCGUCUACGUAUCUCCUUUUGUUGGCGGCAUCCUUGGCACCGGCGUGGCGGGCAAAAUCAGUGACAUCGUUGUGAGGGCCAUGGCGCGCCGCAACGGGGGUAUGUACGAGCCCGAGUUUCGCCUCGUCAUGGCCGCGCCCAUCUUGCUGACGACCUGUAUUGGCCUCAUGGGCUUUGGGUGGUCGGCGCAAGAAAAGGACAGCUGGAUCGUCCCGACAAUCUUCUUCGGCAUCACGUCCUUUGGCUGCUCUCUCGGCUCCACUACAUCCAUUACUUUUUGCGUCGAUAGCUACCGCCAGUACGCCGGUGAAGCGCUGGUCACGCUCAACUUUUCCAAAAACAUCUUCCACGGCUUGGUUUUCAGUCUAUUCAUUUCGCAGUGGCUUGCCGACGAUGGCUCGAGAAACGUUUACAUCUGGCUAGGCAUCAUCCAGCUCAUCUUUUGCCUGAUGGCGAUUCCCAUGUACAUCUUUGGUAAGCGGGCUCGCAUGUGGACCGCGAGGAUGAACCUUAUGGAAAGAUUCUAGCAUACUCCAUCUACAUCUGCUUCUCCUUGCAAUUAGCAUCUCUUGGCGUUUUUCUCCUUAUCUCUUUCAUUCUCUCUUCCUUUCCUUCCUUGCUUCUAUUUUCUCUUUCUUUUUUGGGAAACAUCUUGCGCAUCGGCUGCUGCUGGACAGUGUAAAAGGCAUAAAGCGUACGGCGCAUUCGUUGGGAGGAAACUUUGAUAUCAAUCAACAAAUACCCUUUAGCUUGUCUAUUUUUGGUUUUGCAACUUGGUAUUGAGCAAGGAGGUGCGAGCGGAUGAUGUACACCAACAUACAUUUGAAGUAUAUAUAGGUAUAUAACUAUUCGAAUACUAUGAUGUACUCUUUA